UCCUGUACAGAGCAAUCUACAGAGCUUUCCUCUGCUCCAGCUUCACCUGACUGUUCUAUACACUGCUGUAAUAUGACAACCACCAAUGGGACCAUAGAGAAUGGGCUGCCAGACAAGAAGAUGCCUUUGCUACCAAAACCAAUAACCAAUCUGGAAAUCCAGCACAAUCAGAUAUUUAUUAAUAAUGAGUGGCAUCAAUCAGUAAGUGGCAGAACAUUUCCUGUGUACAAUCCCACCACUGGUGAGAAGAUCUGUGAUGUACAGGAAGCAGAUAAGGCAGACGUGGACAAGGCGGUGGAAGCUGCAAAGUCCGCUUUCCAGAAAGGUUCUGCAUGGAGAAGACUGGAUGCCAGUGGAAGGGGAAAAUUGCUAAACAAGCUGGGGGACCUACUGGAGAGAAACAGAGUAAUCCUGGCUACUCUGGAGACAAUGGACACUGGAAAACCUUUUCUGCACGCGUUCCUCGUAGACCUGGAAGGCUGUAUCCGAACCUUGCGCUAUUUUGCUGGCUGGGCUGACAAAAUACAGGGGAAGACAAUCCCGGUGGAUGAAAGUUUUCUCUGCUACACAGUACAUGAGCCUGUUGGAGUGUGUGGAGCCAUUACACCUUGGAACUUUCCUCUGCUGAUGUUGAUCUGGAAGAUGGCUCCAGCUUUGUGCUGUGGAAACACAUUGGUGAUAAAACCUGCAGAACAGACUCCUCUCACAUCUCUCUACAUGGGAUCACUAAUAAAAGAGGCUGGGUUCCCUCCAGGAGUUGUUAAUAUAGUGCCAGGAUAUGGGCCAACAGCUGGAGCUGCUAUCUCUCAACACCCUAACAUAGACAAAGUUGCUUUCACUGGCUCCACAGAGGUUGGCAAACUGAUCAAAGAAGCAGCUUCUGCCAGCAAUUUGAAGCGUGUCACCCUGGAGCUUGGCGGGAAAAAUCCAUGUAUUGUUUUUGCAGAUGCCGACCUGGAGCUGGCUGCUGAAUGUGCCCACCAAGGUGUUUUCUUCAAUCAAGGCCAGUGCUGCACGGCAGCCUCAAGGGUCUAUGUGGAGGAAUCUGUGUACCCAGAGUUUGUCAGACGCAGUGUGGACCAUGCCAAGAGACGGGUUCAUGGAGAUCCAUUUGAUUUCAAAACAGAACAUGGUCCUCAGAUUGACCAGGAGCAAUUUGAUAAAGUUAUGGAAUACAUACAAAGUGGGAAAAAUGAAGGAGCCAAACUGGAGUGUGGUGGUUCUGCCGUUGGAGAGCGAGGAUUAUUCAUUAAGCCCACUGUAUUCUCUGAGGUGACUGAUGAUAUGAGGAUUGCCAAGGAAGAGAUCUUUGGACCCGUCCAGUCCAUUCUGAAAUUUAAAAGCAUAGAGGACGUGAUCAAGAGAGCCAACAACACAGAAUAUGGACUGACAGCUGCUGUCUUCACUGAGAGCUUGGAUAAAGCAUUGAAUGUCGCUUCUGCCCUGCAGUCUGGAACAGUAUGGAUAAACUGUUACAAUGCUCUUCAUGCACAGACCCCAUUCGGAGGCUUCAAAAUGUCAGGAAAUGGCAGAGAACUUGGUGAAUAUGCAUUGGCAGAAUACACAGAAGUUAAAACAGUCACUAUCAAACUAUCACAGAAGAAGCUUUGAGGAUAAAAGGAAGAGACUGGUGUGCGCAAAUCCAUUUCCACAUCAUCCACGACCAGAAGGGACUUGUUAAUACUGAGGGAUUCUUACUUUUUUUUAAAUUAAAUCAUGAACUGUUAAAGAUCUGUCGUCUAUGAUAACUCACAG